GAGAUGAACCGUCACAAGGAUAUGGUUGCAAAUUUGAGAUCAAAAGCAAAUCAGAUGGCUUCUGUAUUCAACAUGUCGAAUUUUGCAAACCGAGAUAGCUUGUUGGGGCCUGAAACAAAGGUUGAUGCCAUGAGUAGGACUGUUGGGUUGGAUAACUCUGGUCUUGUUGGUCUUCAACGACAAAUCAUGAAAGAGCAGGAUGAGGGUCUUGAGAAGUUGGAGGAGACAGUAUUAAGUACAAAGCAUAUUGCAUUGGCGGUCAAUGAAGAACUUGAUCUGCAUACCAGACUCAUUGAUGACCUAGACGAACAUGUUGAUGUUACCGAUUCUCGCCUACGGAGAGCGCAGAAAAACCUAGCAAUUUUGAACAAGCGAACCAAAGGUGGUUGUUCCUGUACGUGCAUGCAAUUAGCCGUUAUCGGAAUCAUGAUUUUGGUUGUCGCAAUAUACCUUCUGAUAAAAUAUUUGUAAUUACCAACAAUUGCAAACACAACAAUUUCGCCAUUGUUGUAUGUGGGUGUCGUGAGUGGAGUUGGUUUUCAGUUCUUACCUCCAUGUUGGAAACUUAUUAUUUG